AGCGUCCAAUUUGGUCUGAAUUAAAGGCAAAACGGCGCUUUUACUAUGAAUUCGCGGUCUCAAAAACACAUUUAUGAAAUAGUUUGUUUCUGGGUUUCAUAUUGUAUAAAAUACAUAAUCACGCUGGUACACGAGAUAAUCAGUGAUGAAGGCGUUCAGCUAGAUUUACAUGCAGUAAAAAUCACAAUCAGCUGUUAAAAUAAAAGCAGUUUUCUGUUGUGUUGCUCCAUUAAUGAACACACGUGUCUAGUGAAGUAAUCUUUAACAGAGAGAGAUGAGUAAACGAGAAGGUGAGGGAUGCGUCCGAAAACGGAAAACAGAUGUACAGAAAUCAGAAGACUGUAUAAAUCCAGAUUCACAUGUUAUAGCUGCUUUUAAAGUGUUCCAGCAAGAGCUUGACACCAAACAUGACAAACAUGAGCGUUUGGUGAAAAUCAGCCGAGAUGUCACCAUUGAGAGCAAACGGACCAUUUUCCUACUGCACAGAGUGACCAGUGUUCCAGAUGUUGAGGAGAUACUGAACGAGGCAGAUGUUAAACUGGAUGGCGUGAGGCAGAAGAUCGGUCAGAUAGCAGAAGAACUGAGAGGAGAAGAUUUACACCAGUUCCACAGAGCCUUCACACCAGGGAUUCAGGAGUAUGUUGAGGCCGUGUCCUUCCAUCACUUCAUCAAACAUCGCACACUCAUCAGUCUGGAGGAAAUCAACGCUCGUCUGGUCUUCAUGAGAGACGAACAAAAAACAAAGGGUGACAGUGAGGUCAUGUGGACUGGCCCGUGUGUACUGACCUUCCAGGUGACGCCGACCGAUUACCUGCUGGGUGUGGCUGACCUGACAGGCGAGCUGAUGCGCAUGUGUAUCACCAGCGUUGGCAACGGCGACAUGGACACGCCCUUCCAGCUCAGCACCUUCCUGCGGGAAAUCCACGACGGAUUCUCAUACAUCGGCAACACAGGACCAUACGAGGUGUCGAAGAAACUUCACACACUGCGGCAGAGCCUGGGUAAGGUGGAGGAUGCGUGCUACACACUGCACGUGCGAGGCUCAGAAAUCCCCAAACACAUGCUCGCUGACGUGUUCUCCAGCAGGGCGGCGCACUUAGACCCAGACGACACAAUGGCGUAAGAUAUCUUGAUGUUGUAAUUUCUUGUGCAUGUUGCCAGUUGACCUGCGUUUACAGUUUACAAAUAGACGGUGCAUAUUUUGUUAGAGUAUUCUGGGAGUAUUUGGUUUUUAAAAGGAUCCAAAAUUGCAUUUUUGACUUGUUUAUUGCUUCAUUGGUUGCAUGUUACCAUGCCUUGUUCCUCAUGUUUGUACUGUUAUAAUUCAUAUCAAUGAACACAUUUAAGAGUGAAUUUCUUCAUUUGAUUCUAUCUGAAAGUUGUAAACAUAUUUACCAUUCUUUUGAAAUACAACGGUCACUGAUCUGUCAAUAAAACUUGUUUUUGGUAUUAA